CUUCUCCUCCUCCUCCUCCUCGAGAGGGAUGGCCCCGGGCUCCGAUCGCCUGCACGCCCAGACCCAGAAAGGAACCCAGCAGUAGCAAAGCUUAUACUGAAGAAGGACAGGCUGAAUGAAAUCUGAACACAGAAAGCUGACAACAGAAGCACUGAUUUUUCAGGUGAUUUCCCCGCCACCACCCUCACCCGAGCUCUGUCUUACCCUGCCAUGGUCCUUUGUUGUGAGCGAUGACACACCUGGAUGCCAAUAGAUGUCCGAAGCCUGAUGGAAUGUCCUUCUGUCCCUCAGAAAAUGAUCUGGUGUGCUUGAGGGGAUAAAGUGCAGCCGGCAGCCUGGGAGAACCAACUCCGCUGGGAGAUUCUUCUUCUUUUUCUUUUCCCCACCCUUAACCCUGCAAACACGUGUUCUGAUGGCUGUGGGGAGGUGGUGACACCAUGUAGAAAAAUCCUGAAGGGGUGUCCUAAUUGUGUUGCAAUGGUUUUAUACACUUCCCCAUUUCCCAACGGCUUUCUGUCAGCACUGCACUCUUUCUCCUGGGGCUUAAUUUUCCCCUGUUACUGGCUCGGAGACCGGCUCAUCGCUUCUUUUGUGCCCACCACCUACGAGAAACGCCAACGAGGAGACGACCCGUGCUACUUCCAUGCCCUGUGCAUCAUCAUCACCACUCCGAUCUACCUGGCGCUGUUGGCAGUCUCUCUCCCUUUCGCCCUGAUCGGUUUCUUGCUAUGGUCCCCUCUGCAGUCCGCCCGGCGGCCUUACAUCUAUUCCCGGCUGCAGGACAAGAGCCAGAUCGGUGGCAGCACUUUACUGACAGAAUGGAAAGCCUCCAGCAAUGGGAAAAGUUUCUGUUUUGGCAGUGCCAACGUUUGCCUGCUCCCCGACUCCUUGGCGAGACUCAACAACGUUUUCAACACACAAGCCCGGGCGAAGGAAAUUGGCCGGCGGAUCCGGAAUGGGGCCAGCAGGCCUCAGAUCAAAAUCUACAUCGAUUCCCCCACCAACACAAGUAUCAGUGCGGCCAGUUUUAGCAGUCUGGUCUCUCCUCAGGGAGGAGACAGCAAUAACCGGUCAGUCAACGCCGGCAUCAAAAGGACGACGUCCAUGGAGUACAAAGGGGACAACUCCGGUUCCAACAACGGGGAAGAGAACAGAGAAGCACGGGCUGGAGGGGAGGCCAAUGACGGAGAAGAUGGCAACACGUGCAUUGUGCGCAUCGGCGGAGAGGACAACGGCCACGUUUCGGACUCCGAAGCCGAUGGCAUGGGAGGUGGCCAGGUCAAUAACAGCAGGGGCCCCUCAGAACGUUCCCCAGAAGUGGACGCAGAGAACCUGAAGGGCCAGACCCCCAACCAUAAGCAGAAGGAGGGGGAUUCGGGAAGCCUAGAUAGCUACACUGCCUCGCGAGAAUCCCUAGUGAAGGUGCGAGCCGGGGAUGGCCCGGUGGACCAAAGCACUAUCAACAGCAAGCUCCUUUACAAGGCCUCGCUGAUGAAGAAGACGUCCAUGAGAAAGAAGAAGAACACGGACGAGCCUUUUGACCACGAGAUCUCUGCCUUCUUCCCUGCCAACCUGGACUUCCUCUGCCUGCAGGAAGUGUUUGACAAAAGGGCGGCAGAGAAGUUGAAAGAGCAGCUCCAUCAUUAUUUUGAAUACAUUCUGUACGACGUUGGGGUCUACAGCUGCCACGGCCACUGUACGUUUAAGUUUGUGAACAGUGGCCUCCUUUUUGCCAGUCGCUAUCCAGUUAUGGAUGCUGCCUAUCACUGUUAUCCCAAUGGCAAAGGAACGGACUCCCUGUCUUCUAAGGGAGCCCUGUUUCUCAAGGUGCAAGUGGGAAGUACACCUCAGGACCAAAGAAUAGUGGGAUAUAUUUCCUGCACUCACUUGCAAGCCCUCGCAGGGGACACUACUGUUCGAUGUGAACAGCUUGACAUGCUUCAGGAUUGGCUGGCUGAUUUCAGAAAAUCUACCUCCUCCUCCAGCACAGCCAAUCCAGAGGAGUUGGUGGCAUUUGAUGUGCUUUGUGGAGACCUCAACUUUGACAACUGCUCAUCAGAUGACAAGUUAGAGCAGCAGCAUUCCUUAUUCACACGCUACAAGGAUCCGUGCCGUGUCGGUCCUGGGGAGGAUAAAUCUUGGGCAGUUGGGACUUUGUUAGAUCCAGAAGGUCUGUACGAUGAAGAAGUGUGCACUCCGGAUAACCUUCAAAAGACGAUGGAAAGCGAAGAGGGACGGAAGCGUUACCUCGUCUUUCCCACCAGUAAGAGCCACGUCUCGAGCCAAAAGGGGAGGAAGGGGGCUCUGAAGGGCAACGGAAGACGGAUUGACUAUAUGCUUUACACGGAAGAAGGCGUCUACCUGGAGUGGAAAGUGGAAGUGGAAGAAUUCAGUUUCAUCACCCAGCUGGCAGGACUAACAGACCACCUGCCCGUCGCGAUGCGUCUGAUGGUUUCCACCGGAGACGAGGACCCUUAAAACGAAGACCGGCCGUUUCGAGGGUUUCAAAGGAGAAACUUCCAAACUUGUGACAGAGAUGUGAGAAAACAAGCAGUGGAAUUGUCCGGAUGUAACCCCACCACCACCACCACCACAAUGCCCAAUUUGUGGACGCCUCAAGAUGGACCGAGGUUCGCUCUGACCAUCGGUAGCUGUGACUCCACCUCUUUUUCAGAUUUCCCCUCCAUUCGCAUCCAGCCAGGAGGAUGUUCAAAAGGGAAGCCGAGAACAUGCGUGAAGGCAGGCAUGGGGAGGCGGAGAAGUGGGGCAAAAACCCCCACCCCACCCCGGAAAGGGUCACAAGUUGUCCUGGCAACCAAUACUGGCAGGCCUGUAUUUCUAUACUUUCACUGUGGACUGAAAGGGACCUAAGACAAACGUCUCGAUUUCUCUGAAACAGUGCCAUUCUUACUAAACAGUGUUUUUAUACAUAUAUACAUAUAUACAUAUAUAUAUCUAUAUAUCUAUAUAUAUAUACACACACA